AUGAACUCUCACCUAACCACCUUACAAAAAUUCCAUUAUCUGCGGGCUUCCUUAGUAGGGGAAGCCGCGAAUUGUGUGAAUUCUCUAGUUUUCCAUGAGGAGAACUAUCCGAAGGCGCUGAGCCUUCUCAAGCACAGGUACGAUUGUCCGCGACGCAUCGUGUCAUGCCAUGGAUUUGCAAUCAUUGACUACCCAAAGCUGACGCAUUGUUCUCCAAUGGCCCUAAGAGACUUGGCCAAUGUCGUAAGACAGAACCUCGACGCACUAAGCAGUUUGGGACAAACCGUACAUCCGAAUAGCCUCAUUCUUGAUCUCAUCAGCUCCAAACUACCCGAUUACGUCAGGCAACAAUGGGAGCUAACCUUGACCAACAAGGAGGUGCCUCAAUACACCGAUUUGCUAGAUUACCUCGAGAAUCUAGCGCUCACAGGCAUAUCACCUUCCGAUAUCAAACAAAUUAAAACACCGGACCAAUCCAAAAGAAUCCGACAGCGUAAGACACGAGGACAGACAUUCACCGCAUCCCGGGUCAAGAAUUCCUGCCAUUCUUGCAAGGGCCAACACUCCAUUUGGCAUUGCGACGCCUUCAGAGCCAAAAGCGUCAGUGAACGCUUGAAGGAGGUCAAAAGUGCACUCCUGUGUCUGAACUGCCUGAGUGCGGGACACACAACUCGGGAUUGUCAUGCCGGGUCUUGUAGGAUCAAGGUUCCUCCCCUUCCAGCAAGAGAUCAUCGACAUCCCCGUCAAAGACUCGGAAGGCCGCAAGGAAGCACAAACCAAGGACUUCACGGACUUCAAGUCCAUCAACCAGUCCGAGACAGACACACAAUUGACGCCAGGCUCGCCGAACCCCAACAAGGACCGAUCAAACCCGACCAUCAGAUCCCGAAUUAUUGUGCAAUGACCUAG